AGUAGAGAGUGAGAGUGAGAGUGAGAGUUUGAAGAUGGUUUUGUUAGACAAGAUUUGGGAUGAUGUUAUGGCAGGACCUCACCCUGAACGAGGCCUCGAGAAGCUCAGGAAGAUCCCUACUCCUCUUAACAUCAAAGAUGAAGGAGAGGGGAGUACGAUUCAGAGGUCAUUGUCGAUGCCGGCGAGUCCGGCGACACCGGGGACGCCGAUGACGCCGACAACACCGUCACCAACGGCGGCGCGUAAAGAUAACGUGUGGAGAAGUGUGUUUCACCCAGGUAGCAACAUUGCGACGAAGCGUAUUGGUGCUGAGAUGUUCGACAAGCCACACCCAAACUCUCCCACUGUUUAUGACUGGCUCUACAGUGCGGAGACUACCUCUGAAAGACCCACUUUUGCUUCCUAUCAUGUGAUACUUCUGCCCGAUGGAGUGAGUUAUCGGCGGCUUGGGUCGUGUUGUCGGCAGUGCCUUGAACUGCGGCGCGAGCAGUGCAUACAAGUGGCGGGUGCAAAGGGUGCUGGUCAAGCCAACGUCACAUUGAGCGUGCGUGGUUGGCGCAGGUCAAUCAUGACUUGAAGCAACGUCGAUAUC